AUGACGACACGUCUUUUGAACUCAAAAAAAUUUUUAUUUUUUUUUCCACUGAACGAAUUCUUUCUAUUCCAACAACACGGGUACAUCAUAAGCAACUCCAAACUUUCCAUCAAGAUGUACAUCCAGUCGAUACUUUGUGUUUUGGCUUUUGCCCAAUUGAUUUCAGCAUCAGCAUUCACCUUCAUAUUGGGUGCCAAAGAAAAAUCCUGUUUUUAUGUGUUUACUGAAAAGCCAUCCACUCAAAUCAGAUACUAUUUUGCUGUUCAAAGUGGUGGUUCCUUUGAUGUUGAUUAUGUCAUAAGUGAUCCAAACCAAAACAUUAUCUACCAAGAGAAUAAGAAGAGGCAUGGUGAUUUUGUCUUUCCAGCACAAACUCCUGGUGAAUAUGAAUUCUGUUUUUCAAAUACCAUGUCUACGUACCUGGAAAAAGUUGUUGAUUUUGAAAUCGAGGUUGAGGAUGAAUCCACUUCCAACAAUGUCAAAGCUAGCUUACCAAAUCAACCAAACGCUAAACCUUUAGCCCAUGUGGAAAAUAUGCGAGCAACUGUUGAUAAUAUCGAAUCACAAUUGGAUGGGUUGGCAAAAACUUUACAAUUUUACAAGACCAGAAAUAGUAGGAACCAAGCUACCGUUCAAUCUACUGAAUCGAGAAUCUUUUACUUUUCUGUAUUUGAGGUUCUAUUGAUGGUUGGUAUGGCUGUUUUACAAAUUACAAUUGUUCAAUUGUUUUUCAAAGGUUCAAGAAAACAAUUGGUUUAG